GCUAGCCUUGUCGUCAAUGCUUGUUUGGUUACCUACAGCCUUUUUUCUCUUUUCAACAUGCUAGCUACAUAAGUAUAAUGCAGUCUUCUGGAACUCCUCCCAGUUCAUGCACUUGCGACAGCGGAGGGGUUUAGGGAUGAUGACACUGCAGAUCUCUGCUAAUGGGGGCACCAUUAAAAUGGCUAAGCUCGUGUAGUCAUUCUAGCUUUGUUUUUCAUAUAAAUGAUAUCAAUAUUAUGUGUGCUGUUGUUGUUUCGUGAUAUUUUGUCUGCUAUAUAUCAGUUAAUGUUUUUGAGUUAAACAAGACGCGUGUGGGAAACAAAUCGAUAGGAACAAUGUUUUGAGAUAAAUUAAAUCUUUUAGAUUAACUGCAUUCUCUCUCCCAUGAGUUGGAGAAGCUCAUGCAUCGUGGCAAAUGUGAUACUAGCUAGCUAGAUCCAGGACAAUAUUUUUUUUAUGUUAGCUUGUUGGUUCUAAAUGGAAUCUCUCUUGUCCGAAAGUUUGGUAAAUUUAAAAUAUUGAAUCCGAAUCCCAUAUAUGCAUGGUGGAAUGGAAACCAUUGAACGUGGCUUUUGACUUUUACUUUAUUUGUUUUUUGUCUUUUACGUAAUGACAGAUAAAGAGAGGAAGAAGAAUACGCCAUCAUCGUCCUCAUCCCUACCUAUCGUCUCAUCCAAUACAAUGACUCCUUCAUGGGGUCGUUCGUUGCGCAAUUCCAUCACCAUUUAACUUGUGUAUAGGGUAAUCAAUUUGUUUGUUUUCUUCUUCUUCUUUUUUGGUUAAGUUUGGUCAUCAAUCAAAAGUAUUAGUUUUGGGCGUUACAUGCUAAUUGAUUGAUAUUCUCACUCAUUUUCUUUCAAUAUUUUAAAUUAGUGGGAACUGAACACGUUACGUUUUAGGCUUUGGAUCCACUUUACCAAACCUGUCCAUGGUCUAUGAGGCUUUAUCUUUAUAUUCUUUUUUUUUUGGUGCAAAUUUUAAAAUUUAUACCAAGUUUUUCUUUAUUGUCUCUGUAUUGCGGUUUUUUUUUCCGGGUUAUUUAUUACUCUCUGCUCUUCCUAUAGCUUCAUCCUUUUUUUUUUCCUGACAAGAAGGUAGAGAAUAUGUUUCCUGACAGCUCAAAGCGGGAAGAAGUUGUUACUGUUGAUGUGAGCCAAGCCAAGAUUCUCCUCCAGUCCGACCAUCAAUAUCUUGAUGUUAGUACUUGCACAUGCAGGACUGAGGAAGAGUUUCGGAGAGGCCAUUGUUUUGUUCCUAAGAUCCUCAACGUUCCCUACAUGCUCAACUCGCCUCAAGGAAGAGUGAAGAAUCAAGACUUCUUGGAUCAAGUGUCUUCUCUUCUCAACCCAACAUAUGAUAUCCUUGUGGGUUGUCAGAGUGGAGCCAGAUCCUUAAAUGCAACAACUGAACUUGUUGCUGCUGGUUUCAAGAAAGUGAGAAACGUAGGAGGUGGCUAUCUGGCUUGGGUGGACCACAACUUUCCCAUCAUUAAAGAGCAGCAGCAAUCUGCAAACUAAGAGAUGCAUGCAUGCACCCUCUUUAAAUUUCCUUUUAAUAUAAUGCAAACUGUGAUGGAAUAAUAGCUAUCUCUCUCUCUGUAUUUAGAAUCUGCAGUGUGUUGUGUUAUUAAGAAAAGAAAAGAAGAAUUUGCAGUGUGUUGUUGUAUUAAAUAAUACAGUGUUUACAUAAUUUUCUUCGUAAGCAUUGUCGCUCA